UUGUUUUGAUUUGACAGAAUCGGGCAAGUCGGCAUGCACGGCGUGCAAGGCGCACAGCUGUAUUUCAUUAAUUAUCUCAACUUCAAAACGUGUAAUUCUUGGUAUUUUUGUUGUUUAGGACUUUAAUCUCAAAAGAUAAUGAAUCAAAACCCUAUUUUUGAAUAUUCAGUUGGUUUGGAACAUUGGAUUAGAUUGUAGAAUAGUGGAAUGAAUUAUGAAAUAAUUUGUAGCUACUUUGUCUGCUGAAGAGAUGGUAAAUGGCUAACAUUGUGUGGAAAGUAUUUAACAAAAUGCCAUCACUCAUUCGACCACUGAUGAUAUUUGGCCCAUCAGGUUCAGGAAAGAGUACUUUGGUCAAAAAAAUGUUGGAAGAAUUUCCAGAUAAGUUUGGAUAUUCUGUUAGUCAUACCACCCGAAAACCCCGCCCAGGAGAAAUUCAUGGCAUACACUAUCAUUUUACUGAUGUAGAAACAAUGAAACGGGCCAUUGAAGAUGGAUUUUUUCUUGAGAGUGCAGUAUUUUCUGGAAAUAUGUAUGGCACUAGUAAGGCAGCAGUAGAUGAUAUUGCUAAGAAAGGAAAAGUAUGCCUCCUAGAAAUUGACGUACAAGGUGUGAAACAAGUGAAGAAAUCUGACUUGAACCCAUUCAGUAUUUUCAUAAUACCUCCAUCUUUAGAUGAAUUGAAACGACGACUAUUAAAAAGGAACACAGAGAGUGAAGAGAGCUUGUUACAAAGGCUGGCCAAAGCUGAAGAGGAAAUAAAAUAUGGCACUGUUCCAGGCAAUUGUGAUCUAGUCAUUUGUAAUGAUGAUUUCGAAACAGCAUAUAGUGAAUUGAGACACUUUGUUGUUGAAAAUGUUUUUAAAAAUCAAUUUAAUACUAAUGGUAGUAAUCUGUAAAUAUGUGUUUAUCUAUAUUUUAUAAGUAUUAUGGUGAUAAUAGUCUGAUGACAUUUAUAAUACAAUUGAUAGGAAGAAUCAAAAGUUUGAGAAUUAUCAGAGAAAAUGUUUAUAGAUAUUAUUUCAGUGAUAGAUAGAAUAUAGUUUAAAAGGAUAUUAUCCAGCGGUAGAUACACUUGGUCUAGUUUUUGUCAUUCAAUAAAGUGAUAACAACUCUUACCAAGUUGGAACUUGGAAACCAUUUAACAAAAAGCCAACAUUGAAGCUACAAAUUAUUUUACUCAUGCGGCUACACAACGAUAA